AUGAAAUUUUCUGAUAUUACAAAAGAUGCCAAUGAAAUUCAGAGAGAUCAACAUAAAUUUGUCAAGACAUUUGAGAGAAUUGAUUAUCCAGACCACUUUACAUUAGAAUCAGUUAAGGAAAGAUUAGAUAAGUAUGAUAUUUCUAACCUGCCCAACUUACAAGUUCUCGCAGAUGUUAUGGUGAUGCUUUGUAUUUGUCUUGCUGAACUUACAACUUUAUGUAUUACAGAUGCUGGAGUAACAGGAUAUGCUAAGAACAGAGAUGCUGUUUAUGGUGUAGUAGCACAUAAUGCUAAGAAUAUGGCUCACACUUAUACAAUUGCUAGAGAGUGUUUACAUCACUCAUCUGACAACUAUACUUCUUCUGUGCAAAACUAUGUCAUAAUAAACUACAGGCCCUGUGGAGUUAGUGCCAAUUAA